AUGACGUGCGCUGCCGCCGUCGUGGUCGCCGCUCCUGCCGCCGCCGCUACCGAAGCCGAGGAGGAGGCCAAGAGGAAGGAGGAAGAGGAGGAGGAGGCGGCGGCGCUGCGGCAGGAGGACUUCCGGCAGAAGGGCAAGGUGUUCGUGGGGAACCUGCCGCUGUGGGCGGGGAAGCCUGAGAUCACGGAGUUCUUCCGCCAGUUCGGGCCCCUGGAGAAGGUGGAGCUGGUGCGGGGCCACGACGACCCCGAGCGCAACGUCGGCUUCUGUUUCCUCUACUACGGGGGCGACGACCCGGAGGCCGCCGCGGGGCUGGCCGUGGAGGUGGACGGGGUGGAAUUCCGGGGGAAGUCGCUCACCGUGAGGCUCGACGACGGGAGGAAAGGGAGGGCCAGGGCGGAGGGGCGGGCGCGCUGGGUCGAAGCUGGGGUGGCCCGGGAGGCUCGCUCACCGUGGCACAAGGGCAGGGAGGACGCGUGCCGCGAGUUCCGGAGAGUGCUGGAGUCGCGGCCCGAGGACUGGCAGGCUGUCGUCUCUGCUUUCGAGCGGAUUCCCAAGGUGGUGGCUCCUCUGAUUGAUCACCUCAGCAUUAGCAUUACCCGACCUUCUGACACCAAACCUCAUCUCCAACUUGAUCAGACAGCUUCAAUGAACAAUUCCGUUCUUCUGAUCCUUAUUCAAGUACAAAGCCUUUCCUUAGUUACCUUUGGAAAUAAGUUGCUCCACAAGCCAUCAAGGAGGGAAUUUGGUCUGAUGGUUGUGUAUUAUGCCAAGCGAGGUGAUAAGCAUCACGCUCGUGCAACAUUUGAGAACAUGAGAGCAAGAGGGAUAGAGCCCAAUGCGUUUGUCUUCACAAGCCUUGUUCACGCUUAUGCAGUUGCUAGAGAUAUGCGUGGGGCAAUGUCAUGCAUUGAGGAAAUGAAAUCUGAAGGCCUCGAAAUGACAGUUGUUACUUAUAGUAUCCUUAUUGCAGGAUAUGGCAAAACUAACGAUGCUCAUUCAUCUUCUCUUGGAAGAUCUGCAGACAAGUUGUUCAAAGAGGCUAAGACCAAGCUCGACAACCUAAAUGGAAUCAUAUAUAGCAACAUUAUACAUGCUCACUGCCAGUCUGGGAAUAUGGAUCGAGCUGAAGAGCUGGUCCAUGAAAUGGAAGAGGAUGGAAUUGAUGCUCCUAUCGAUGUUUAUCACAGUAUGAUGCAUGGAUAUACUGUCGUCCAUGAUGAAAACAAAUGUCUAAUUGUGUUUGAAAGGCUGAAGGAGUGUGGCUUCAAACCAUCUAUAAUAUCUUAUGGUUGCCUUAUUAAUCUGUAUGUUAAGGAUUAG